AUGGAAGGGAAAAGCCUCGUUCACAGUGCAGAGAAACAAUACACGUGUUGUGUGUGUGGACAAGUCUACAGCCAAUCAUCUGACCUAUCCAAACAUAAAUGGAAUCACAGCAAGGAGAAACCCUGGAAAUGUGGAGGGACUUUGGGAAGGGGUUCAGAUUUCCAACCAAGCUGGAAACUCAUCAUUGCAGUUACACUGGGGAGAAGCCAUUUACUUGCACCAUGUGUGGGAAGGGAUUCAUUCAAUCAUUCCACCUCCCAAGACACGAGCGAGUUUAUACUGGGGAGAGACCAUUUACCCUGCCCUGAAUGUGGGAAGGGAUUCACAAAUUCUUCCAACCUUCUGACGCACCAGCAAGUUCACACUGGGGAGAGACCAUUCACUUCCCCUGUGUGGGGGAAGGGAUUCACUCAGUCUUCCAGCCUACUUGAACACCAGCGAGCUCAUACAGGAGAGAAGCCCUUCGCCUGCUCUCAGUAUUUGAAGGGAUUCACCGAUGUAUCCAACCUAAUGUUACACCAGCGAGUUCACUCAAAUGCAAGGCCAUUCAGCUGCUUCCACUUCAGGACUUGCUUCAGGCAUUUAUCUGAACUCAUGAGACAGCAGCUGACUCACACUGGAGGGGCACCAAUUACCUGUCCUGAGUGUGGGAAUGAGUUCACAGAUUCAUCCACCUCCUGA